AUGGCAGUGCUACAUCGAUAUAGAACGAUUUAUAUUUUAUUAUCCUUUGUCAUUGGCAUAUCGAUUACUAAUUGCACCCACAAUUUACGUCAACAUGAUUCCCAUCCCAUGCAAAAUUCACCGCUAUAUCCAGAUAAAAGAGACGAUGGUUGUCAUAAAGAUGAGAAUAAAAACUUAGCCUCUAUCGAUCGAUCUGCAGCACUGGAAGGUUUUCAUAGGGAUUUAAUAACCAAAAUCAACUUUCGCUCCGAGGUUAAGUCAAAUUUAACUUCAUUUUCCGAUCAAUGCUCAUUAUUACUGGUAGAAAGGUUACCAACGGGUAUUUAUGUCGAUUUAGACCAGGUAGCAGAAAUGGAAAGGCUACUUAAAGAUAUCUCGGUUAUAUCUUCUGACAGAAUCGAUGUCGAAAAACCUGCUCAUUUAUCAACGGAGCAUUUACUCCUGGUAUAUGCAAGAAUAAACCCAAUUACUGACGUAAGAUCUACUAAGGUCUCACUUCCAAUCCACCUACGUUAUCACCUACCCCAGGACGACUGGUAUGGCUACACAGAAGUUGUUAUGCCUCGUCCAAUGUUAAUACUUAUCCAUUGUGAUAAAGAACUACCGGAAUUCCAGUGUCAACCUAAAUAUACAGCUCCAUGCAGCAAUUCGAAUAAGAGUUCUUGCGUUUGGAAUCUCCUUUAUGAUAAUGAAAAUGAAGAUUCAGGCAAUGAAAUUAUUCUUAAGGUACCUGUUGGAAUUGUGAAGCAUGGAGUUUUAGUCUCAAUUGGAACGAUUAUUUCUGCAAUUGCUGGAACAAUUAUUUUAAUUAUAGCUAUAAAAAAUGCAUUCAGCGGAAAGGCAACGUACAAAGACAGGAAUUACGUUUUAAAAUCAAAAGUGCAGUAG